AUGACUACCCCGGCAAUUAUUCCCUCGAGCCCCCCACCACAUGGCCCUACUGAUUGGGAGUGCACGCCUAUCUCGGUGUUCGCCAAAGUGCUCAACACUCAGGCGGAUCCCGACUACAAUCUCCUUCAGGAGAUUAUCACCUAUGACUGCACCUACACUUCGCUCACGUUCGACAAUCCCACUCUGCAUGGGAUCAUGCCUUGGGCAGGUACGCACUCCCAUGUGGGUCCGCAGGCUUUUAUCGACAUCUUCACCCGAGUAGGCCUGUAUUGGGAUCGGGGCCCAUUUUCCAUCGAUCAUCUCUUUGGCGAUGAAGGCAACGUGACCGCCUGGGGAUCAUUCACGGCUACAUCGCGCACUCUCGGGAAGGCGAUUAUCUCCCCCUGGGCCGCUCGUGCGCAGGUUAAUUCGGCCAACCAGAUUUUUGAACUCCAGUAG